AUGGAUCAAUGGUUUGGUCAAAAGGCGAGCGCCGGUGAUACCGCUCUCAAGGAAUGCACCAAAAUCCUCUCAGAUUAUCUCUCCAGCACCACAGACACCCCACCUGCAUCAACCGCAUCAGCAAUCGUAACCUCUGUCAACGCCUCAUCAAAACCCGCAGACACCGGUUUUGAAAUCACAAACCUACUCCUAGACACAGUCGCACAAUUCUCCACCUCACACGACCCUAUUAUUGCCCUCCUCCCCGCCAUCCGCAGCAUACCACCCACCCCAAACCCAGUCUACUACCACUUCGAAUCUAUGCACCGGGAAAACUAUGACGGCAUAUCCGGACUGCGAUAUCUCUGGAAACCGGAAGAUAAGCAAGCAACCACUACGCCGGGUGAUAGAUGGGUUAAUUACAACGUUUUCACCGUCAAACUGGCCACCUCUGGAUACGACGACAGGUUCUUCAUGUUCGGCUUCUUCUGUCUGAGGGAAACGCUUGAGACGAAAAGAGAACCGAGAGAGGCGGAAUUCGAAAAACACAUCCGCCCUAGUUUCCUCGAGCGUUCCGCAAUCGAUGCCAAUGAACUUCUCAACUACGACCUCACCGCCGCCGCAAGAUGGGUCAUCAUAGGCGGACGCGAUAUGUAUCGCUUGGACAACUCGAUAUUUGGAGACGAUAUGCAGAGAGGGAUAGCGGUGCACACGGACCUUUGGGAUGGAAACCCGGGUUUUUCGUUGGGAAGAUGGAGGGAGUGGUGGAGGAGUUUUAAGUAUUUUGCGCAAGAAUCGUACGUAAAGGAGGAGGUGAGGGUGUUGUGUAGAGAGGCGGAUCAGGCGAUUGCGGAUGCUAUCUUUGCGAAUGUGGAUUGA